AAGGAUCAAUAAACCAGGCCGAGUUGAACUCAUCUUUAAAAAGUCAUUUGAAUCAUCAUUCUCUGGUGAGAAGAGAAUGGGUUCCGCCGGACUCGAAUCGGCCACAAAGCCACACGCAGUUUGCAUUCCACUCCCUGCACAAAGCCACAUCGGGGCCAUGCUCAAGCUAGCAAAGCUCCUCCACCACAAGGGCUUCCACAUCUCCUUUGUCAACACCGAGUUCAAUCACCGACGGCUCACCAGAGCCCGAGGCCUCGAGUUCGUGAAUGGAACACUGAGCAACUUUCAGUUCCUGACAAUCCCCGAUGGUCUUCCUCUUUCGGACGCGGAUGCGAUUCAGGACAUCCCGGCGCUCUGCAACUCGACGAGGAACUAUAUGAUCGGCCCCUUCAGCGAUCUCGUAUCGAGCCUGGGCUCGAACCCGAGUGUCCCUCCGGUGACUUGCAUCGUCUCGGACGGUUUCAUGACGUUUACGACGAGUCCUGCGGCUUCAAAAUUUGGGAUUCCACUCAUACACUUGUUCACUAUACCCGGCUGUGCCCUCAUGGCGGUGAAACAUUUGCGAGCCCUCGGAGAAAACGGUCUUGCACCACUCACAGAUGAAUCCCAAUUGAUGAACGGGUAUGGGAACACCCUUAUCACCUGGAUCUCGGGAAUGAAAAACAUGAGGCUGCGCGACAUGCCUCACUUCAUCCGAAUCACUGGCUCCGAUGACACCUUGUUCAACUUCCUUGCCGACACUGGCAACAAGACAGGUAACGCCACGAUGACCAUUGUCCACACCUUCGAGGCACUUGAGCCGGAUGUGCUACAUGCCCUCUCCUCAAUGAUCUCUAGGGUUUAUACGGUUGGACCACUCCACUUAAUGAUCGAUCAAAUCGCUCGAGAAAAUUUUUUCGCCUCGAAGCACAUUGAGUGCAAUCUCUUGGAAGAGCACAACGAGUGCCUUGAGUGGUUGGACUUGAAGGAGCCUAAGUCCGUGAUCUAUGUGAACUUUGGGAGUAUAGCAUUCAUGACACACCAACAGUUGGUUGAAUUUGCGAUGGGAUUGGCCAAUAGCGAUCAAUGUUUCUUGUGGGUCUUGAGGCCUGAUGCAGUGAAUGGAGACACGGCGAAUCUUCCUAGAGAGUUUGUUGAGGAAACAAGAGAGAGAGGCUUUUUAUCAGGGUGGUGCCCGCAAGAGAAAGUGUUGGACCACCCUUCAGUCGGAGGUUUCUUGACGCACUGUGGCUGGAACUCGACUAUUGAGAGCUUGUCAGCCGGAGUUCCGAUGCUGUGUUGGCCAUGCUUCGGAGACCAACUGACGAAUUGCAAGUAUAUAUGUGAUGAUUGGGGGAUUGGGUUGGAGAUGGAUAGUAAUGUGAAGAGAGAUGCAAUGGAGAGGCUUGUGAGGGAGUUGAUGGAAGGAGAGGUGGGGAAGAAAAUGAGAAGCAAGGCCAUGGAGUGGAAGAAGAUGGCAGAGGAAGCUGUUGGUGAAAAAGGGUCAUCUUCCAUGAAUUUGGACAAGUUGCUGGACGAAGUUUUAUCUAAAUAGUGUAAUUUGACAUUUUUCUUUAUGCGCUAUAUUUCCUCCAUUUAUGGUCGAAGAAGAAGACUUUCUUCAAUAAAGUCCUUUGAUUAAUUGAGUUAUACAACUGAAAUGAAAUAAAAGAGUGUGUUUUCCGUCCUGAAUGGUGAAAAUAGCUCUUAUUGGUAUACAA